AUGUCCCCUUUCUCUCUCUUCUCCCUCUUUGCUCUACUGGGCGUCGCCUCUGCCACCAUCCAGUUCACGGCGCCGCAGGCACAGGCGGUCCUCGACGCCGGCUCCCCCCUCGCCAUCGAGUGGUCAUACCCAGAGAACGCAACCUCGUACCUCGCCGGCAGUGAAUACAGCAUCUAUCUCUGCGCGGGAGGCAACGAUGGACUCUCCCACGAACGCGUGGCGCUGCUGCUGACGGAGAACAUAAUCGCCAACCCCAUCCAGACCUCUGCCCAGGUUGAUCCCAAUGUCGGAGGAGAAUAUCCCAAUGGCUACUUCCUGGAGGCGGUCAUCCACAUAUCCAAUGCGGUUCACGAGUAUUCAGGCCGCUUCACCCUCACCCAUAUGACCGGCUCAUUCUCUCCCACGGUGGAAAAGGGCCUUGAAUCCGUCUCCAAGGACGACGGACCUCCUUCUCUACUGCGUAUCCAGGAACGUCAGGUCCCUGACCCGGCCCCAGCUCCAGCUCCAGCUCCCGGUGCUGCUGUACCGCCGGCCGGAGCACCUCCAGUGCCAGGAGCCAACCCGCCAGCGCCAGCACCAGCACCGCCAGGAGGGAAACCACCGGCCGCAGUACCACCAGCAGCCGUACCCCCUCCAGCUGGAGUACCCCCUCCGGCUGGAGUGCCUCCUCCCGCCGUGCCUCCGCCAGCAGUUCCUCCACCAGCAGUACCACCACCGGCCGCAGAGCCACCGGUUGUCCCAACAAUUCCCUAUGCAGAACAGACGGGACUCACCAGAUACGCUCCCAUGCCAAUGCAUCCGCCAACCAAGAUAAGCCUCAAGUCCGCCAAACCACAAUUUCCUACCAGCGAUUACGUAAAGGCUACUACUUUCCUACCACGUCCCACUAUCAAGACUACCAUAUCUGUCUCAGUCGUUCUUACCGCAGAGCCCCAUGAAAACACCCACGCUCCUGCAGCAGUGGACGACGAUAUGGCAAAAUUCCUUAAAAGGUGGCAAGAUUGA